ACACUCAUAACGCCGUUUGGCCAAAUUUAGUGUAUUUUCUUUGCUGAAUCAUUUUCGCUGCCCAACAAUAUUAAAUUAGUUGCAACCAAAUUACUUGAUUAAUCAGACGACAGUUGUUUCACAAGUUAUAACGUUCUAAAACAUUGCAUUCAGUCGACAUGCAUAAGUCUCUGCUUCUGCUUGCCGUUUGCCUAACCCUGGCAUGGGCCGAUCCAAAGUUGUUGCGAGUGCCGUUGAGCAAAUUCCAAUCCGUUCGCCGGCAUUUCGCUGAUGUCGGCACCGAGCUGCACCGCCUGAACAUCCGGCCUGGCAAAGACGGCCUCAUCGCACCUGAGCCGCUGUCCAAUUAUCUGGAUGCGCAAUACUAUGGGCCCAUAUCGAUUGGUUCGCCGCCGCAGAACUUUAAGGUAGUAUUCGAUACGGGCUCUUCUAACUUGUGGGUGCCGUCCAAGAAAUGUCACCUGACCAACAUUGCUUGCCUAAUGCACAACAAAUACGAUGCCACCAAGUCUUCGACUUAUGUCAAGAACGGCACCGAAUUUGCCAUACACUACGGAUCGGGCAGUUUGUCCGGUUAUUUGUCCACUGACACCGUCAACAUUGCCGGGCUGGAUAUCAAGGAUCACACCUUCGCCGAGGCGCUGAGCGAACCCGGUCUAGUUUUUGUCGCCGCCAAAUUCGAUGGCAUACUUGGAUUGGGCUAUAGUUCGAUUUCUGUCGAUGGUGUCAAGCCCUCAUUUUAUGCCAUGUACGAACAGGGUUUGAUCUCCGAUCCAGUAUUUUCGUUCUAUCUGAAUCGUGAUCCCAAGGCCCCAGAGGGUGGUGAAAUUAUCUUCGGUGGUUCCGAUCCUAAUCAUUAUACUGGUGACUUUACGUAUUUGCCGGUCACGCGCAAGGGCUAUUGGCAGAUCAAAAUGGACUCGGCUCAGCUAAACGAUAUUGAGCUGUGCAAGGGCGGCUGCCAGGUGAUUGCCGAUACGGGCACCUCACUGAUUGCAGCCCCACAAGAUGAGGCAACCUCCAUAAAUCAGGCCAUUGGUGGCACGCCCAUUCUGGGUGGACAGUAUGUUGUAUCGUGUGAUGCCAUCCCCAAUUUGCCAGUGAUUAAGUUCGUGUUCAAUGGCAAAACAUUCGAGCUGGAGGGCAAGGAUUACAUUUUGCGCGUAGCGCAAAUGGGCAAAACCAUUUGUCUGUCCGGAUUCAUGGGCAUGGACAUACCACCACCAAAUGGACCUCUUUGGAUUCUCGGUGAUGUCUUCAUUGGAAAGUACUACACCGAAUUCGAUAUGGGCAACGAUCGCGUUGGCUUCGCCAAUGCCAAGUAGAGCGUUGGCUUAAACCAAACAAAAUUAUAUUAUUUAAAUAUUAUAUCCCUAUAAUGUGAACAAUUUCAAAAUAUGUGAGAAUUGUGUAAAUCGAGAGACUUUCUGCAAUUGCGAAUAAAAUGAAAGCAUUAUUAAUGUA